AUGGUUGAGUUAACUGGAGACACGUUGGGAGAGCUUCAUCAAGAACUUAACUUUAAAGCAGCGGAAAUAUUUAAGAACAAUGCAAAUUUCGAUGACAUUAAAUCGUUAGAGGAAAAGUCCGAUGUGGACCAAUUAUUUAAGAUCGAAGUAGCUUCAAAAUAUAAGAACAUGGACUACAUGUUAAAGAUCUUAAAAGGUGGGGACAGUUUAUAUAUUUCACGAGCACUUAAGUGUGUGUGGAUGUAUGACGAUGAAUACUCACACAUAAUUAAUCCAGAAUACCUUCAUAGCGAAGUGUUUCAUCACAUGUCUUUGAAAAUGAAGACCAAAAUGAUCAACUCGAUUGCAUUUCACAUCAGGAACCCCGACAGAGCUGCAGUUUUCUCUCUGUAUUGCAAAAAUAAGAGAAUGAAACAGCAGGCGUUGAAGUUUUUCAUUUUCACUUCAGAAUCUUUCAAGAUGGAUCUGAUAAACGAAGAUUGUUACUACCUAAGUAAGCACGGCUACCCAGAGCUAUUCAUAGGCAAUUCGUUCGCCCUCGCCGAAGCGUUUAUUUCCACGGAUCAUUAUAUUAUACAAAAAGAACGAUUUGUGAAUGACUUAUCUUAUUUGUACAACGUAGAUGAAAAUAAGUAUUUGGAUUUCGUCGAGAAGCAUGUCGAUCCGGAACACGCGUUUGUACUUUUCGGUUGUCGGUUGUCCAAGAGCGUCAUAACUAAACAUAAGGAUCGUGUUUUAUUAAAUCCGGUGCUGUACGUGAAAAAAAUUAAGCGACAUAUUUUACUGCGUUAUAUUAACAUUGAAGAUGCCAAAUUAUUUAUUAUCCGUCUUUUUCCUCGUCAUGCUGGAACGUUUUGGAAUCAUAAUUAUUACAAUCACCUCUCCUACUUAUUUAAAUUUAUUCCUCGUAAUGAGACGUAUCAACUUUUAAAGAAGGCCUUUAAUCUUGCCUAUGGUGAUGUACCUUUUGAAAUGCAGUAUAAGUUCUAUUAUCAUGAAUACUACCACUUUAUGACACAAGACGAAAAGGAGUCUUGGGCUCUUGCACAUUUGAAAGAAAACAAAGAAAUCUUGGGCAGUAACAACGAUUACAUCUGGUAUAAAUUUGUAAGUUUCGGCCACGCCUUUCAACCUAUCAAGAAAUUAAUUAUGAUAACCCCUGAUACUGAUUUGCGAAAUAAAAUGAUCAUGGUAUUAGUGGAUACAGUAAGAAAUAAAAAUGAUUUAGAGGCUUUAAUCAAAUAUUACCACAACCGACACAAUAACGAAAAUAUUGAUACUAAGAAGAUAUUUUUAAGUGCUAUUAUAGAAAAGAACAAUGUUUUUGAAUUGGAUGAAGCAUGCUGGGAUGUAUUUAAUAAACUUUUGUAUAGCAUUGAAGUAUAUACAGUUGGAUUCGGUGGUGUAAAUAGCUAUAGGCUCAUUUGUGUUCUGUACAACAUCAUCCACAAAAUUGAAAUGCAUUCUAUAUUAAUAACGUAUAUUGAUAGCUAUAUGGAUGUUAGCCAACUGAAAAGAUAUUCAAAUAAACUGAAACCCAAAGAAUGGGACUCGGUGUACGAUUAUUUGAUUCCAUAUUAUUUGAAAAAAUUUAAAUACUCAAUAAAAUGGGAUCAACAUCACACUAUUGAGAAUAAAAACACGUACGCCCGCUAUUUGAUUAAACUGUAUGAAUGCUUUAAUAAAACCAAAGAAGAUAUUCCAAAUGACGUCUUACUGUUUGUAAAAUCUAAUUACAGUAGCCUUAAAUACGAAAAGUUCAUUCAAGAUCCUGUCCAAGAAGUGGAGAAAAUUAGAACUACAGAAAUAGAAACAAAAAUAACACCCUAUCGUUUAGAAACAAUAACAGAAGGGUGUCUAAUGAGGUUGUUAAAGAAGGACAAACAGACAAUUAUGGAAUUAAUGCCUGAAAUACAAUCAUGCAUAGGAAAACGAGAAUUUAGACUAACAACAUUUCUUAGGAAAAUAAGUGUAUAUUUUCCACUCGGCUUAGCGGAUGCGUUUCUUUCUCUUUUUGAGGAUUGUUUAUGCGAAAGCUCUGAGAAUUAUGAUGAAUGGCAAAUAACGAAAAGUGCUAUUUACGGUAUAUUCUGUCUCGGUGAUGUGAACAGCAUGCAGAGAUUGCUAACGGAAAAUGUACCUGAAGAACCCAAAAUUGAUCACAGUAAAAUCGAUAGAAAGCUCUUAGUGAUUCAAGAAGCGGUAUGUCGUUUUGCGUGCUACUCUCGUUUACCAGUGCCGCAGGAAGCUAUUCUUUCUUACAUAAAAGGGGAUUAUGUACACUUUUGCUUACCUAUGUUCAAUAGAUAUUUAUCCAACUUGCCAUUACCACUUUGCCUCAAAUUCAUUGAGAGCAUUUUAAAUGCUCCGUUGUCAGUGCAAAAACACGGAAUUCGCCUCGCGUUUAAAGCGUUCAGUGCCGAAAAUUUGAAGCGGCUUAUAAGCGAUGUAUGGAGUAGAACAAAAAAUGUAUCUUUAAGAAUGCUAAUUUAUAAAGCUCUCUUUGAUAAAAUCAUUAACUCGGAUGAAUCAAUCCAAGACGACCUUUUCGAAGUAAUAAAAUCCUUUACUCUGACGUUACACGAUGAAGAUCAACAAGAUGUUUUCAAUCUUUUAGUGUCUCAUGAAAUGCCGGAAAGGUUUAAGGGCGAUUAUUUGCAAGCCGCAUGGGAAUCUGUAAAGAAGUUACGCGAUGAUAAAACGAAAAAUAUAGCAAUCAGAAUAAACGUUAUUAAAGAUAUUGAAAUACAUAUAGAAGAAAUGGACAGAGAUUACGUAAAGCGUGAACUGAUAGAUGUGCAUACACAUAAUAUGUUUCAUUUCAGAGGUAUAAGAGAUAAUCCUACAGAAAUUAUGACGUCAUACAAUAACUGUUUAUGGAAUGUGGCUGCAAAAUAUAUUGUAGCGAGUAAAAAUGAAACCGAGAUUGAAAAAUCCUUAGAGCUUUUGCAAUUUAUCUUACAAGAGUUACAUAAACACUGGGAUUAUUUUUAUAGACAAACAUACACCGUGUUGAGACACUCAUAUGAUUUUGUACAGAAAUUGAAAGAAAAAACGGAGCUGAAUUCCUAUAAGUAUAGCAAAUACAAUGUUCUUAUAUUUGAGAGAGUUUUACAGUGCCUUGUAGAACUGACUCCUCAAAGUGAAAUUUAUAUGCUGACUAUAGACUUGAAGCUAUACAUAAUUGCAAAAAGAAUUAUUGUUAACAAUAAGGUCGAUGAAGUUUUAGCCGAGGACCGUAAAAGAGUAUCCGAACAAGUAACGAAAGAACUUGUUUCCUUUUUUGAUGACUUGAAGACAAACAACAUUUUACUUUCAACUUUUUAUAAUUCCUUUCUUGAAGUUGUUUCUGAGACUUUUAUAAAAAUGUCUAUGGUACUUAAGACUACUGGGAAUUUAUUGUUAGCAAUGGUGGCUAACGAAUUAAUAAAACUAAAGGAAACCGAUAAUACGCUUUUAGCGUUAUCGCUAAUGCCGUUAAACCUAUCUACCAACUAUGCUAAUGAAAUAGCAGAAUUCAAGUCUAUAGGUUCAAAUAUAAUAAAAGAAGUAAAAGAUAUAAAAAACUUUGAAAUCCAAAGUUUGUAUUACAACAAGUUUAUAGUAAAUGGUUUUCAAAGAAGGUUUGAGUGA